AUGUUCGCCCGAAUUGCCCCCCGGGCUAUGAAGCCUGCUGGCUUCACCCGAUACAUCUCGACCACCGCCUCGCUGGCCCAGAAGGCCAACCAGGGAAGCAAGGGCAGAGUGAUGCCCACUGGCUUCAAUCCCCGUGCCACUGCUCCCGUGUCUGGCACCGAGGCCACCUUCACCAUCCGAGAUGGCCCCAUCUUCCGAGGAACUGCUUUUGGAGCCAACUCCAACAUCUCGGGUGAAGCCGUCUUCACCACUUCCCUUGUGGGAUACCCCGAAUCUAUGACCGACCCCUCGUACCGUGGCCAGAUUCUCGUCUUCACCCAGCCGCUGAUUGGCAACUACGGUGUCCCCUCGAACCAGCGCGACCAGUGGAACCUGCUGAAGUACUUCGAGUCUCCCCACAUCCAGUGUGCCGGUGUCGUCGUCACGGACGUAGCCAAGCAGUACAGCCACUGGACUGCCGUUGAGAGCUUGGGCGAGUGGUGUGCCCGAGAGGGUAUUCCCGCCAUCUCCGGCGUGGACACCCGAGCUAUCGUCACCCACCUCCGAGAGCAAGGUUCUUCCUUGGCUAGGAUCUCCAUUGGUGACGAGUACGACGCCGAUGAGGAUGAGAGCUUUAUCGACCCCGGCCAGAUCAACCUCGUGAAGAGGGUUAGUACCAAGGCCCCCUUUGUGGUCGAGGCCCACAACCCCAAAUUCCACGUUGCCCUCAUCGACUGCGGUGUCAAGGAGAACAUCCUGCGAAGCUUGGUCAGCCGUGGCGCCAGCGUCACCGUCUUCCCUUACAACUUCAAGAUCCAGAAGGUCGCCGACAACUAUGAUGGCAUCUUCAUCUCCAACGGACCUGGUGACCCCACUCACUGUCAGGAGACCGUCUACAACCUCCGAACCCUCAUGGAGACCUCCCAGGUUCCAGUCAUGGGAAUUUGCUUGGGCCACCAGCUGCUCGCCCUUGCCAUCGGUGCCCGCACUGUCAAGAUGAAGUACGGAAACCGAGCCCACAACAUCCCGGCUCUGGACUUGACUACCGGCCAAUGCCACAUCACCAGUCAGAACCACGGUUACGCCGUGGAUGCUGCCUCCCUCCCCAAGGACUGGAAGGAGUACUUUGUCAACCUGAACGAUGGCAGCAACGAGGGUAUGCGCCACACCACCAGGCCCAUCUUCUCGACGCAGUUCCACCCUGAGGCCAAGGGUGGCCCCAUGGACAGCUCGUACCUGUUUGACAAGUACAUCGAGGACGUCAUGGCCUUCAAGGCCACCCAGAAGGUCUACAAGGACAACAGACCGACUCAGUUCAUGCUUGACAUCCUGAGCAAGGAGCGUGUUGGCGUCCAGCCCGAGCCUCUUGCUUCGGCUGCUUAA